AGAUAACAAACCACCAUGACGAUUGCCGGUUAGCCUGCAGUCCGGUUUUUUGGCCUUGAUCAACUUUUCUUGUUCAAUACGUUUUGCCACAAUUGCUUCGUUCGUUCUCCGUUUAGUUUGUUUCCACUUUCCCAUAAGGUAUUUCCCUCGGGGUUUCAAAACGGUUCGCUAAGACUGUCGUUUUACCCGUCGAGUACUUAAUUCACUUUUUUCAUUCGACAUGUUUCGAUUUGCUAAUAAGAUUUCGCGUUCAAGCGUGUCAGCCAUACAAAAGUGUUUUGCCAGCAAUGCACCGAAACCAAUUAUCAACCCGCCGAUUAAAUACACAGAGCUUUUUAUUAACAAUGAAUUUGUAAAAUCGUCAUCUGGAAAGACAUUUGAUACUCUUAACCCGGCUACUGGCGAAGUAAUUGCACAAGUACAAGAAGGAAAUGAUGUGGAUAUUAAUAAUGCAGUUACUGCUGCACAAGAAGCAUUCAAGUUGGGAAGCCCUUGGCGCACAAUGGAUGCUUCAAAACGUGGUGUUCUCCUACAUAAAUUGGCAGAUCUAAUGCAACGAGAUUCUGUUUAUUUGGCUACUUUGGAAGCAUUGGAUAACGGUAAACCAUUCAGUGUUGCUUCAUCUGAUGAUGUUCCUUUUAGUGUUAGUGUACUACGUUACUUUGCUGGUUGGGCUGACAAAAAUCAUGGAAAAGUCGUUCCAAUCGAUGGUAACUAUUUCGCAUAUACCAGACAUGAGCCAGUUGGUGUUUGUGGUCAAAUUAUACCUUGGAAUUUUCCAUUGUUGAUGCUGGCUUGGAAAAUUGGACCAGCUUUAGCCAUGGGAAAUGUUGUUGUUCUAAAGCCAGCUGAACAGACUCCUUUAACUGCUUUAUAUAUUGCUAGUCUUGUCAAAGAAGCUGGAUUCCCACCUGGAGUUUUAAAUAUUAUUCCUGGUUAUGGUUCUGCUGGAAAAGCUAUUGUUGACCAUCUUGGUGUAGAUAAAGUUGCAUUUACUGGUUCAACUGAAGUUGGUCAACUUAUAGCUCAAGGUGCUGCUAAAAGCAAUCUAAAAAGAGUUUCUCUGGAAUUGGGUGGCAAAUCUCCAAACAUAGUUUUUAGUGAUUCAGACAUUGAUUAUGCUGUCGAAGGUGCUCAUUUUGGACUGUUUUAUAAUAUGGGACAAUGUUGUUGUGCUGGAUCCCGAACAUACGUUCAAGACUCAAUUUAUGAUGAAUUUGUUGAGAAGAGUGCUAAAAGAGCAGAGAAACGUAUUGUAGGAGAUCAAUUUGACCCUAAGACACACCAAGGACCUCAAGUUGAUGAAGAACAAUUGAAUAAAAUUCUUGAAAUGAUUGAUAGUGGGAAAAAACAAGGAGCUUCACUUGUUGCAGGUGGAUCUCGAAUCGGCAAUAAGGGCUAUUUUGUACAACCAACUGUGUUUGCUGAUGUUAAAGAUGACAUGAAAAUAGCAAAAGAAGAAAUUUUUGGUCCUGUACAACAAAUAUUGAAAUUUAGCGAUUUUGAUGAAGUUAUUAGUCGAGCCAAUAAUUCUGAUUAUGGUUUGGCAGCAGCAGUAUUUUCCAAGAAUAUAGAUAUAGUUAAUAAAACGGUUCAGAGUUUUAGAGCUGGAACUGUCUGGGUUAACUGUUACAAUGUACUUGGAGUACAUGCACCGUUUGGUGGAUACAAAAUGUCCGGCCAUGGAAGAGAAAUGUCUGAGUAUGGGCUACAGCAAUAUACAGAAGUCAAAACAGUCAUUGUUGCCACACCUCAAAAAAAUAAUUAAUUUCAUACUUUUUUUUUAACAAUUUUUGUGUUGAACAUAGUUUAUGGAUUGUAAAAUAUAUAUAUGAGGCUACUAUUUUCCACAAUGCAUUUUGAUAGUACAUUUCAACAAUUUUAAAAACAUUUAAACAUGUGUAGUUUAUUGACUAUAAAUUGUAGAUCAGGCAAUGCAUGAUUACUAUAGUCCAAAAUGGUCACAUUAAAUAUUUUAAAUUAAGAAA